AUGCUGUCAUUCCCUGCCUCCCUCCUCCGCUCUCCUUGCCGCCUUCUUCGCCCAGCAGACCUCUCUCCGAGUGUGGAACUGACGCUGGCAGACUUGGAGUUGUUGGCCGAUCUCUUCUACCUCCCCUUUAACCACGGUCCCAGCGCUCUCAAGAUCAUGGAACUGGGUCAUUGGCUCCGAGAGCACGCCUUCUCGGCUCCUCAUCAAUCCUACUCACACCCGGAGGUUUGUCAACAUUUUAUUUAG